AUGGAGUUUAUGAGAAGUAAAGGAGUGGUUGGCUUCAUUAAAUAUUACGUCCCCACGUUUGUAGCAUUUAAAGGGCACAAUCCUAACGAUACCUAUCCAAAUACUGUUUGGAUGCCACCCGAUGCAAUUCCAUCAAUAUCCCAAGUUGUAAAUAUCAGAUUUGGCGAUCACUUCACUCCACUGCUACCUUCUACUUGUGGAAUGAUGCGCGUAUCCUUCAACGAAACCAAUCUAGAAGRGUUGGUCCAAGUACAAGGGAUAUCCUACAAGGAUGCCCGUUAUUUGUUGAGCAGAAUGAAAGAGCCAACUAAAGCCAACUCAGCUCCUGUUGUCAGACUUGAAGUCAACAAUCAGUACGUUACUAAGAAGAAGAUACGUAACGUCAUAGGAACGAUCCCCGGCUCAGAAGAACCUGACCGAUAUGUCCUGAUUGGUAACCAUAGAGACAGCUGGUCUUUUGGCGCCGCAGAUCCUACAAGUGGAAUGACAGUGCUUUUGGAAAUAUCGAGAAUAUUGGCAAAGCUCACGGAGAAGGGUUGGAGACCAAGAAGAACGAUAAAGCUAUGCAGUUGGGCUGCCGAGGAGUUUGGCUUGCAAGGCUCGCAUGAAUGGACGCAUGAAAAUGAGAAUAUGCUCAAAGAAAGAGCUGUAGCAUAUCUAAAUACCGACGUAGCUGUAGCUGGAGGCUUUGUUUUAUUGGCUCAGUCAAGCCCUAUGCUGGCCGACCUUGUUUUUAACCAUGCCAAGCAAUUCCAAGAUCCAAACAAUUGCUCCAGAACACUAUUUGAUACCAUGCUUGAACGAUUGCCAAGAUCGAAGGAUUGCCCAGGUGAACCAUAUAUUUACAGCUUGCUAUUUCCUUCGUAUUAUUUUUCGUUAGCUAAAUUAACAGGCCUUUCAACAGCAGAUUUUAAUUAUUUUUUCGGGUACGGGAAAAAAUGCAAGCUAUAUCCAGUUUAUCAUAACCAGUAUGACAACUUCGACUGGAUCAAAAAGUUUGCCGAUCCAACAUUUGUUUUCUUUAAAGUAAUGGGGCAAUUUUUGGGGGGUAUGCUUAUUGAUUUAUCAGAUUCUGAGAUCUUACCAUUUAGUGUUUCACGAUUUGCAAAACCGGUUCAGAAAAAACCGGCCUUCAUUACUCUUUCGCAAUCAUCGUACACAAGCCUACUUAACCCUUCACAAAUGGCUUAUCUAGAGAAGGCAACGGAAGAGUUUGUUAACAUGACGAAAAGGUUUGAGUCUGCAUAACAAAAGCUAAAUGGCCUGCAGAUAAAUCCUUUAAUUUUGCGCAUWUUCAAUGACCAAAUGUCAAAACUAGAAAAAGUGUUUUCUAAUCAAAAUGCCCUUAGCRGCAUUC